UUUGUAACACUCUCAUACACACCUAACAAAGCUUCCAUAGUUAUCACUUCCUCAUAGCCAGCCAUGGAGUUUGCACAUCUCUCAGUUUUAGCUCUUUUCUGUUUGGCUUUUGUGGGAAUUAGUGCCACAACACUGUCUUCAGAAGAUUAUUGGCAAACUAUUUGGCCAAACACUCCUCUGCCUAAGGCUUUCUCUGACCUAUUGCUACCUUAUGGCAAAACAAAUAAUCUACCUAUCAAAACCGAAGAAUUGAACCAAUACUCGACACUUUUUUUCGAACAUGACCUCUACCCUGGAAAGAAAAUGAUCUUAGGUAACAAUAAUUCUCUUAGAAAUACAGUACGACCAUUCGGAAAACCAAGACAAGGUAUCACAGAUUCCAUAUGGCUGGCAAACAAAGAGAGACAAAGUCUUGACGACUUUUGUAACAGUCCAACUGCGACAGGAGAACGCAAACAUUGUGUAUCAUCCUUGGAAUCGAUGGUUGAACAUGUCAUUUCACAUUUUGGAACGUCAAAGAUUAAGGCGAUUUCAAGUACCUUUGGCGUAAACCAGGACCAAUAUGUGGUGGAGGAAGUGAAAAAAGUUGGAGACAAUGCAGUGAUGUGUCAUAGAUUGAAUUUCGAAAAAGUUGUAUUCAAUUGCCACCAAGUGCAAGCAACAACUGCUUAUGUGGUAUCAUUGGUAGCCCCCGAUGGAGGUAAAGCUAAGGCCUUAACUGUUUGCCACCAUGACACAAGAGGCAUGAAUGCUGAGUUGCUUUAUGAAGCUCUAAAAGUCGAACCUGGUACCAUCCCAAUUUGCCAUUUCAUUGGCAAUAAGGCUGCUGCAUGGGUUCCCAAUCAUUCUGAGGACCAUCCUUGUGUCAUCUAGAUGCUAACUGGUUAUGUACAUCAUUUCUCGUUCAAUAAUGUCACGCAAAAACCAUGCUUGAAAGUAGAGGAUUUUCACCUUCAUGGAAUCCUCCUGUUCAAGUUGAACUUGUUUUAAAAUUAUAAAUAUGUAUGUAUGGAGAAAUGUAAUGUGCAACUAUCUGAUUUCAUGUUUUUUAAAUAAAACUUGUUGGUGUACCUUUGUAUGUGUUGAUUUUAUGGUGUCCUGUGCUCAGUACACUUAUGUAUGUUUGAAAUUGAUAAUGACAAAAAAACAAAUGUUGAUUGA